ACAAGGACGUACAGAGGUAUAAAAAAGUCGAUUGAACUUUGUGUAAAUCAUUACACGCCGAAUCUACCAAAGCUAGUGAACAUACAAUUUUUAAAAUGAACAUCUUGGCUUUUCUGGCCUUAUUGAUAGCUUCAGCAUCCUCCAGUGCUAUUAAAAAUGCAAGAAUCGAAGGUCCACCAUCCCAAGAUGUUGUGAUCCAAGGGCCCAGCGCUAAAGCUUCAAUAAAUGGGCCUGACGGUAGUCAUAUAGAUUACGACGCACCAGGGGGCAAAAUCGUGGCUAAACCACAACAUGGUGGAAUAAUCACUGCUUCUGAUGACGGUAGUGCGUCAGUGGUUGGUCCAGGAUCUCCUGAAGUUUCAGCUUACGGUGGCAGUUCUGGAGCUGAUUGUCAGCCAGAUGGAUCAUAUUCUGCUAGUGCACCGGCUGCUUCCUAUUCUUAUCCUAAACCAAAUUCCGCUGGUCCUUCGUUUGGACCGGGUUCGUCAUACUUACAACCUAGCGGUGCAUCGUCUGGACCUGUUCCAUCAUAUUCUCAUCCCUCUGCUGGAUCAUCUGGACCGGUCCCGUCAUAUUCUAAUCCUUCUGCCGGAUCAUCUGGACCGGUCCCGUCAUAUUCUAAUCCUUCUGCCGGAUCAUCUGGACCGGUCCCGUCAUAUUCUAAUCCUUCUGCUGGGUCAUCAGGGCCAGUCCCGUCGUACUCCAGUCCUUCCUCUGGAUCUUCUGGGCCAAUUCCCUCAUACUCCCAUCCUAUUGGAUCAUCAUCUGGUUCAGGCGCGUCAUACUCGCAUCCAUCCGGAUCUUAUUCUCAGUCAGCAUCUCCAUCCGGGGCAUAUUCCUCUCCGUCGUCAAGUUAUCCACAUUCUGGAUCUCCGGGUUCAUUUCCUUCUGCAUCCGCUCCAGGACCUAACGCAGUACCGGGUGAUGUAAAAAUUUCCGGUCCUUCGGGUAUUAUUGAAACCCAUGGGCAGUCUUCGGUUGUUGCUCACAUUCCUGCGCCGGCAGGAUACGGUGCAGGAGUUGGUGCUUCAAACGCUUAUGGUUCAAACGCUGUCGACGGCAAUGAAUCUGGUGAAUACGUACCAGAUAAUAAUGAGGGACGGUACGACGAUGGUUCAUACAGAUCUGAACAUGAAGGAGGUGAAAAAACCUGCGAUUGUCACUAAUGUGCGGAUUACUUUCUUAAUAUUGAGUCUUCAGAUAAACUUCAAUUUGUGUGUUAAUACGAAAUAAACUCAUUUUGUUGUUGUUAAUUUGUGUUGAUGCUCUUAAUGAUCCAAACUAUGCUAGUCCUUUCAAUUAAAAUACGUUUUGAUGA